AUGGCGCGGCCAAACUUUCACACAAACAUCAUGCUGGAUUUAGAAUGCACUGAUGCUUCUGUUCCAAAUCCUGUCAUUAUUGAAAUGGCAGCACUACAUUUCGACAUUGAUACGGGAGAUAUACUUGGCUCUUUCACUACUCCUGUCAAUUUUCAGUCUUGCUUAGACCAUGGUCUUCUCGCUGAUAGGCAAGAAGGUCUUGAUUGGCUUCAGGCCACUAUCCCUGACACUCUUGCAACUAGCAAGGCUUCUCCAGUCACACUUACUCAUGCAUUGUUCAAAUUCUCAUCGUUUCUACGCGCCUCAAGUAAGCUCAACGCAGAGAAGCUGACGGCUAGAAACCUUCGUACCGAUCAAUCUCAGCUUAUGAUCUGGGGGAACGGGGCAGUCGCCGAUAAUAUAUGGAUUGCAAGUGCUUAUCGAGUUUGUGGUAUGGAGCGGCCAUGGAAGUAUUAUAAUGACAUGUGUUUGAGAACUUUCGUCAAGCAAUGUACGUUCAUGACAGGCAAAGAUUUUGCAAAGGACGAAAUCUUUGAGGGGAAAAAGCAUGUGGCACUAGAUGACUGUCGUUAUCAAGUCUCCUAUUUGGUAAAAGCUCGCAAACAUUUGGUGUCAGCUCGAACACCGAGAAAGAAAAGAUCUAAGUUGCCCAGUCCGAACUCUUCUUCUAGGGCCGCAAAGGAAGACUUGGACGUAGAGACCGUAUCAGCCGCCGAUCAGACCUUCUUUGGCCCGCUCCAGCGAGGGUUAAUUUCAACCGAAACAUCGCAAGAGCAAUCAAAAUCGACAGCCGGCGGCGGUAGCUGUGCUCCACCUCAGCCUCGAAAGAAGAAUGGUCUUUUGACGCCAGCCACUUCAUUUUCUGUACCUCCACCCGAAGAUGAUCUACUAGAAUCAACACAGCCAAAUAAUAGUCCGGGCAGAUUAACGAUUAAGAAGAGCGGGCUUAUAUCUCCUGAUACGUCUUUUGUGUUCGCGGAUGAUGAAGGUGAAGAAUCAGUUUCUGUAUUGAAACAAACUCAGAGCGUCAAAUUUGAAGGAAUUAUAUCAGGCACUUUCGUGCCCACAGUUGCAGAGCCAGAGACGCCAAAAGCAAGAAGACAGCUCUUCCAUCGGUGA